AUGUUUCCUCCACGGAAACCAACGCAAAAGGGUCCAAUUCCAACUAAGGAUGUCUAUCUCUACAACACCCCACCCUCUCUGUUCGUGCCUAUUUUUUUUAUCUCUUACUCUCUUUCUCUCUCUCUCUCUCUCUCACACACUCAUACACACUUGGUCAUCCCGAUUUCACUUAUCUCCUUUGUUUAUUUGUUUCUCUCUCUCUCUCUCUCUCUCUCUCUCUCUCAUCCUGCUCGUCUAUAUUCCAAUUCUUCUCUCUAUCUCUCACUCUACUACUACCAGUUUCACCUCUCUGUUUCUGUAGCUCGUGCCUAUUUUUUUUGUGAUCAUGACAUUCUCUCUCUCUCUCUCUCUCUCUCUCUCUCUCUCUCUCUCUCUCUGUCACUCUACUCGCGACUCUCUCAAAAUCCCUCGCAUCCUGCUCAAACCUAUAACUCCUCCUACUUGUUCAGCCAGUAUCUCCCCAAUAUUAUUAUUUUUUAA